CCCCAAUGUUUAUCACACGUGUAAACAUGUGAAGAAAUGAUAAUAAAGAUGGGAAAGAGUUUUCUGAAAUUUUGAUAACUUUACGAUUUGAACGCUUUUAUUUUAUCGCAAAAGAUUAAUGGUCUACAAAAUAAACUUUAUUUAGUGUUGAGAGAUGGAGAAACUGUGUUAUUGUUGUUUACUUUUGUUGUUUAUUUUUGUGUCUUUGUUGACAGUUCAAAUUAAAUCCGAUUCACCACCAAUGCCUGAUGAAAAUUCAAAAAUACAAGAUGAAAAACUUGAAGGAAAAAUAUCUGCUGAAGAAAAAUAUAAAAAAUUAUUUCAGGAACAUCGAGGUACCCAGUUAAAUGCUGUGAAGACAAUAACAUCAUUUGGAAGUUAUGAACAAAAAUACAAACUGGUUGAAAUCAUGUUAAAACAACUUUUUGCUGUAUUAAAUGAAGCAAAGACUAAUGUGACAGAAUGGAAAUUUUUACCAGGAGAUCCAUUUCCUGAAAAUGAAACAAUGCAACACUCUGUGUCUAAAAUCUUUGAGAAUACUGCCUUAUUUGGAGAUCUUGUAUUGAGAAUGCCUGAUAUUGUACAUGAAUUAUAUGACCGACAAAGAGAAUGGCAAAUGGCUUUAACAUGGGGGACAGGCUUCUGUAAUGAAUCAAGAAUAUUUGAAGGUGCUAACAGUAAACUGCUAAAUCUGAUGGCACAGGAAGUCAAUAUUUUACCAAAAGAUAAUAAUUUUAUAAAUCCAUAUAGUGCUGAAACACAGCGGGAGAAAGAAAUGAUGAUGGAAUUGAAUGAAGCUGAAAUAAAAAAAUUAAAGAAAAAAGAGAAGAAAAAGAUAAAAAGGGGACCCAGACUUUCUUCACACACAGAAUUAUAAAAAACCAGUUUAAUAUUUAAAUGAGAAGCAACCCAAAUAUUUUUUUAUACCUCUCUGUCCCUCCAAAUUGUAAUUAACCUAAUCCUAUGCUAUAUUACACAAAUAUAAAUUUGUUAUCCAUCAAUUCAGAAAUCUCAGCAAAUUUGAUUUUUUUAUUUGUACAUUUAAUGUUUGUGUUUGAUCUGAGGAGCAGAAUUUGGUAAAACUAGUUAACAAAGAUUGAAAUGUUCUCUUGACAGCGGAGCCACAGUGACUUGCUGUGUAUGCCUCUGGCACACUAACAAGGAUGUCCCAUUUUCAUUUUGGGUUUCCCUUGUCAGUAGUGCAGGGUGGUUCGCUUGGCAAGGAUCAGUGUCUAGUCAUGUUGAUGGUACAAAAAAUACUAGCAAUGCCACGGGACCAUAGUCGGAAAUGAAAUGAAAUGGGGUUUAAUGUCCUACUAUUCUGCUCCGAACUGGGCUAAUGAAGACAGGACCAUAGUCGGUGCAACAGAGGUUAACAGUCUAUUCCUGCUUGUAACCAUUGCUUUAGAAAUAUGACUAGACCCAAGCAAUUAUUACUUUAUCUGGGAAUGUUUGUUUUUGUUAUGAUUGACCUAUGACCCUAUGAACAAUACACACUGCUCUUUCGGUAGCUUAGCUUGAGUCGGCUUUUAAGUAUUUUUAUUUUCUUAAUUUAAAAUCGGGGGGUGGAUGGCUGAAUGGUUAGCGUGCGCGCGCUGUAUCAUAAAGUCUGUCAUUGAGUCGACAGGCGUGGUUUCGAAUCCCCGGUUGUACGUGACAAGGAGUAGGGUCGCCUGUCCAACCUCGUGGGUUUUCUCCGGGUCCUCCGGUUUCCUCCCUCUGCUUAAAGACCCCUACGCGCAAGCGAAUUAUUGAAAUAAAAUUAAACCAUUUGUUAGUCCCGAAAUGACCUAGUUUGUGUUGAGUGGAUGUUAAACCCCAUUUCUCUCUCUCUCUUUAAUUUAAAAUCUUCAUAUAAGAUUUUCCAUAAAUAUGUAUAUUUUAAAAUUACAAAUAUAUGUCAUCCAUAAAAGAUCAGACAGACAUUAAGUUUUUCUCUAAGUGUCUUCUAAAGUUGACAUUAUUUUUGUUUGUGUCAGUUGUGUAGGGUUGUAUAGGUAUGUGCUUCAUAUAUGGAUGAUGUAAAUCCAAUGUAUAUAAAUAUACUAUAUUAGGUAAACUGAAACUGGGCCAUAAAACUUUUAUGCAUGUUUUUAAAUUACUUGUUGAUAGGAUACAGAAAAAUAUACUAUACUAAUGUCCAAAAGAAAGUAUAUAUACUAAAAAUAUGACUAAGUUUUAUUUAGAUUAAAAACAUUUGAUAAAACAUUACUGAGUUUGUCUCUUGCGUUAGAACUCAACAUUUCUAAGCAAAAUAAAAAGCGAAACAAAUUGACAUUGUACCCAAAUGCUGCAUACGAUGAAAAACGACUUUGGUUGAUGCAGCACGAAAUGCACAGUGUAUACUUUCUUUUGGACAUUAGUAUCUAUUAGGUAAACUGAAACUGGGCCAUAAAAUUUCUGUAUUCUCAAGUUUUACUCAUGUUUUCAAAUUACUUGUUGCUAGGACACAGAAUAAAAUGCAAAUAAGUAUUUUGAACUGCCAGAACCUGGUGUAUGACUAAAGAUUUGCUCAAAUUAAAACUAGUCUUAGGAUAAAUAAAGUUGUGCUCAAACCAGGUUUUUUGCUAAGACUUAUUAUUAUACAAUGUGCAUGUUUUCAUCAGAAUGAUAUUAUAAUAGUAUAGGGUAUGUUUUUAAUUCAGAAUGAAGAGUCAUAUUGUGACAGUAUAGUGCAUGUUUUAUAUUUUUGUGUAUACAAUGAAUAAUAAAGUAACUUUCUAUAUUGAAUAU